CUGCGAAAAAAAUCGGCCUACCCUAAUACACAUAUUGGUAACAGCGCGUUUAUUCGUUUUCGUUUCGCUGCACUCAAUUCAGUCGCUCAAGUCAUCUCCUCCAUCAGUUUUACUGAUCAAAUCAUUGCUUGCUUGUAGCGACUGCCCGAUUCUUUAGUAUAUUUAUUAGCUCUGCUCUGUAUAAAAGUAGACUUUUACUUCAGCUGAGAUUUUAGUUGUGGCUCAGUGCUCUUCGCGGUAACAUUUGUAUAAUAUUGCGCUAAUCUGGUUUAGUUGCGUUAAAGACGAAGUGGCGAUAAGCGAUCGAUCGCAAGUGAUUUAGUGAACGCGUGCAAAGUCGAGUGGUGACUAAUAAACGUUUGCUAAAUAUUAGAGAAUUAUAUACAUAAAUAAUUACUUACAAUCGCAUAAAAUUUGGUUUAUAAUAAUAAAUGCGUAAAUGCUUUUGAAAAAAGCAGCAAACUUUGAAUAGCUAAACUUAAAAUCUGACUAACCGGUAUCAAAUUGAGGAGCUCAAAAUGUUAAGCGCUACCUUAUUCACUGUUUUAAGUGUGUUUUAUGCCAAAAUGGCUUGUGGACAAUAUUUCGAAACACAGACACAUCGCUGUUUCAAUCCCAAUCAACGGCCCGGCACUUGCGUCUCCAUUUACGACUGCCAGACAUUGGUGUCGGUGCUGCAACGCGGCUCAAUCCAGCCGAUCGACACCGAGUUUCUGCGCGCUUCCGAAUGCCGCGGGGGCUACGGCAGUGGCCCAUAUGUAUGCUGCACCGGCGAUACCGGUUUCACGCGCAACACUUACGAUGAUUAUAGCCUCCAGCCAAGCACCGUGCUCUUUCCCGCAGGUCCCAUCGAAGCGCGACAGCCACAACGGCACAGGCAAAGAGUAAGCGACUCCAACGGAGGUGGGCGUGCAUUUAAUAGCAUUGGCGGUGACGCAGGUGGCGGUAGUGGCAAACAGCCGAGAGAUGUGCCAGCUGGUGGACAGCUGUCGGAGUCGGCGGCGACAUUGCCGCGUUUGCCCACCUGCGGCGGAGUGACGAUAUCGAAUAAGAUAUACAGCGGCACAGAUACGGAUCUGUAUGAGUUCCCUUGGAUGGUGCUGCUCGAAUACAAUCGACGAUCUGGCGGCUUGUCAACCAACUGUGCUGGCUCACUUAUAAAUAAUCGAUAUGUGCUAACGGCGGCACACUGUGUGAAAGGUGCCAUUGAGAAGCAAAUCGGAACACUUAACGCAGUACGAUUGGGCGAGUACGAUACUACCAGGCAAGUGGAUUGCAAUCAGUAUUCCUGUGCCCCCUCAGCCUUGCGCGUUGGCAUCGAAGAGACUAUUCCACAUGAGCAAUACCGCGAUAAUUCGGCCAAUAAAGAGAAUGACAUCGCACUGAUACGCCUCGAUCAGGAGAUACGCUUCUCUGACUCCAUACGGCCCAUUUGCUUGCCGUCGGCGGUGAAGCGGGAGCGAUCGGCGCCGAUUAGCGGUACUUUGUACACUGUCGCUGGCUGGGGUCGCACGCUGCGCAGUCCGAAGAGUGCCACCAAACAGAAAUUGCAAAUACCAUUGGUCGAUUUGGAGCAAUGCCAGCGAAAGUAUCGGGAGCGAAAGGUGAACGUGGUGAAAAGUCACAUCUGCGCGGGUGGUGUUUAUGCCGAGGACAGCUGUGAGGGUGAUUCGGGUGGUCCGUUGAUGCGUUUCCGGAAUGAUGCCUGGGUGUUGGAGGGCAUCGUGUCGUUCGGCUACAAAUGCGGGCUGAGCGGUUGGCCGGCGGUACACACACGUGUGGCGCAAUUUGAUGACUGGAUACGGCGCAAUAUACGGAAUUAGAGGAAUGUUAAGGCAGCUAUUUAGAUUUAAAAUAAUUGUUUGAUGCUUUUAGUACAUAGUAAUUUAUGUUGAAUUGUGAUCUUGCCAUUAGUUAUUAAUUUCCGAAUACGCCAUGAACUGCACCACAUACUUGUAUACUCACUCGUACCACAUUUUUCAUCACCCUAAUAGUCAAAACGACAAUUUCAUUGGUAAAUAUGUAUUUAUGUAAAUAAAGGUUAAUACAACUUU